AUGGACGUCGCGAACAACAAACUUGACGAAGAAGUCAGUUUUCCUCUUUUCUGUCGAAUAAACACGAUUUUCUGAAGGUUUGCCGCGAUGCUCGCGCUUUCGUCGACAUAUUCUACGAUACGAUGGAUCGAAAACGAGACAAAAUUGGAUUUUUGUACUCGGAGCAGCCGAACUUGGUCUGGAACGGCAAUCCUUUUCAAGGACACGACAGUAUUCGGAGGUUUGGAAUUUAUUUUGUUUUUUGAUUGUGGAUUUUAUAUUGUCUCUAUUUUUUCUAUCGGUUUUUUUUGCCAAGAAAUCAAGAACUUAUUUUAAAUGUUUUUCGCAUAUUCUUUUAUGGAGAAUCUCAUUUUUUUUGUGCAUUAUUUUGGAUUUUUAAAAGUUUUGUAUUUUUGAAAUAUAAUAAUGCAAUUUUUAACUUAUAGUCGAACUAGAUUAUUCAUUGAGAUGUUACGUAUCACUGGCUCAAAGAAAAAAAUAGUCUGCUCUAUUAUUUUUUUGAACGCUUUCUAACUCUCCAAACUGAACUUUUUUUUCUUACCAAUCCGUUCAAAAAAAUUGAUUUUUUUCUAAUAUCAAUCAAUCAAUCAAAAUGUUUUACUUAUCACACACAAGUACUAAAAUUUACGAAAUAGAUGUAGAGAAAAACUGGAAGAUACGUAAUAUAUAAAUAUUUAUUUCAGUUAUCUCCAAUCCCUCCCGGAAACCCAGCACAAUUUGACGAGUGUCGACGCUCAGAAGCUCCCCGGAGGUGCUGGACUCUCGGAAUCGGCCAUUCUGGUCACUGUAGCCGGCGAGACGAUCCUCGGCGCCGAUCAACACGCUUUCAGCCAGACUUUUGUCCUCAUCUGUCAGGAUGCCAAGUAUAAGGUUCGAUUAGUUAUUUUCUUUUUUGAAAACGCAAUAAAAGCGGUGUAAAAUUCAGCCGUGUAUCUAUUAAAAAACCGCUAUGAGUCGGGAUUUUUUGAAGACUUUUCUCAGUUAUUUUACUGGAAAUCAGUAAAAAAAAAUCGAUUUUUAAACAAUUUAGAGAGAAAAUAUAGAAUUUAUAUGAGAAAUGAGCUCGGAAUAGUCGUCUUUAUGAGAAAAAGAGAUUUUUAACGGGAGUUUUUGAAGUAUUUUUUCCGAUUUUUUGGCUUGAAAUCGAUAUUCUCGAAGCUUAUCAGGUAUUUUAAGCUCAAAUUCAAAUUUUAUGUGAGAAAUGAGCUCAGAAUAAUGCAUUUUAGUAAAAUUCGAGCAUUUUGACGGGAUUUUUCGAUGUAUUUUCUCAAAAACUCGGCCUCAAAUUAACUUAAAAUCGUCUUUUUCAAAGCGGAGGAGGCAGUUUGAAGUGAAAUAUCCUAUUCGACUAAAAAAUAAACUUCAAAAAGUUGGUUUUACCAGAACCGAAGCGUUUUUUUGAUGUAAAAUAUCAAAUUAGAUUGAAAAAAACAAGCGCAUUUUUUUAGUAGAGUUUUAAAGAUUUUUUUCUGAUCUCGUGGUCUGAAAUGAGUGGAAAAAAACGAUUUGUUAAAGGAUUUUUGAGAUCGUAUCACAAAUUUAUAAGAAAAAAAUGAGCGUGAAAUAUAUGAUUUUACCCGAAUCGGAGCAUUUUUCGAACGUUGUCUUAUACUUAUUUUCCUUAAAGGCAUAGGGGCAGUAAAAAAUGGGGUUUCCGGUGAAAGAAGUAUCUUAUAUAGUUUUUCAUUGCGAAUCGAACUGUGCUAUCGAAAAAAUUACAGAUGUGACAGCUUUAGAAGAAAAACGCGAUUCUGCUUCAAAUUAAGGGUUCCUUUCCUGAAAAAAACAUUAAGUCAAACAAAAAAUAUACAGCGAUAAUAAAGAAAACACAAAAUAUCGCUAUCCCAAUCGAAACCUGUGUAAAAUCAUCAUUUUUCCCCAGAGAAGCAUUUUUGAUUAAAGCUUGCAAAUUAUACAUGAAUAGAAAUCUUUUGUGACGAAAAGAACUUUGGUGACAACAGAAAAAAUUGAAAAUUGAAAGAAACGAAGAAAAAAAAAAGGGAAAAUCCGGAAGAUGGCGAAGCCUGUUGUCCAUAGAGCAACUUUACUGCAACGCGCCCUUUUUGCGGGAACUCAAUCUUUCUUCUCUCCGGCUUUGAAUUAUUUUUUCUCCAAAACUAGGAAGUUCUGUACGUUUUCAAGUUCACCGUUCGAUUCGCAAUGAAAAACUCUACAAAGUACUGCUUUGAACUGAAACACCGUUUUUUACUGCCCCUAUGCCUUUAAAAUCAGAAAAAAAAGUCGAUUUUUAAUAAUAAUUCAAUUUCAGAUCAACAGCGACCGAUUCCGAUACCUCGACUGA